UGGACAUAUUGCAAGGAUCUUACACUAGUUUUAAUCAUAAAAUUUUAUAUAUCACUGGCCAGUGGCCCAAACUUUGUAAGCGACAAAAAUUUAUAAGAGCUUCUAUCACAUUAAUUUUAAUUUUAUCAUUAUUCAUACCAAUGACCAGGGGCUUAAUUAAAGCGAUAAAAUUAAAUAAUUUUAAUAUCGUUGCUGAGUGUUUAUCACCAUUUGUUGUGACCUUAUUGACAAUAUUUCUGCACAUUAAUUUUAUAUUACAUAAUCGUCAGUUAUUAGUAUUGUUAGAAAAAAUUCAAAAAGACUGGGAAAUCUGGUCAGCAGAGCCAGAGAUUGAAAUUUUACAACAAUAUGCAAUUAAAGAGAAAAAAUUUCAACUAGCAUAUGGCGUUUCAAUAAUUGGUGCAGCUUCUGGUUUUAUGGCAAUUCCAAUAGUGCAUAAUAUUUUGAAUUUAACAAAAUCAUCAAAUAUCACAAAUUCAUUUGAUCCAAUUUUUACCACUGACUAUGGAUUAAAUGAUGAUGAUAAUUUAUUUUUCUCCUGUUUAACUGCUAUUCAUAGUUUUAUUUUAACUUAUAUUGUUAUGACAAUUAUUCUCAAUUCUGAUAUGGUAUUUAUGAUUUGCAAUCAUCAUGCAAGCAGUAUUUAUGCAGCCAUAGGAUACAAAUUAUCAAAUCUUGAUUAUAAAAGAAGUUACUGUCAAUAUGAGAAUAAUAAUUUUCAAAAAGAAAUGGAUAACGUAAUUAUUUUUUGUAUUAAACAACAUAAGGAACUUUUAAGAUUUUUACGAGAUAUUCACAAUUGUUUCUCAUUGGUCUAUUUAAUAAUGGUAAUGCUCAAUAUAUUUAUAAUAAGUAUGACAGGAUUCGCAACAGUUCUGAACUUAAAUCAACCAGCUGUUGCCUUUAAAUUCAUGGCUGCAAAUUCUGGACAAAUGCUUCACAUUCUUUUUAUUACAGUCCCUUGCGAGCAAAUGAGUGAUCACAGUAGCAUGAUUUCUCAUUCAGUAUACAAAUCAAAUUGGUACACAUUUCCAGUAAGUUCCCGAAGAUUAUUACUUAUGAUAAUGAAAAGAAGUUCUGAACCAUGUGAAUUUGUCUGCGGUAAAUUGUAUACAUUUUCGAUGAGAAAUUUCGCAAUGGUAAUGAAAACGUCCAUUUCAUACAUUACAGUACUUUGUUCAUUUCAAAGUUAAAAUAUCACGAAAAAAUAUAUAUAUAAUAUACAGCACUACAAAG